UUCUCCGAUAACCUAUGAUAUAUUUAGAAUAGUUUAGCAAAUGUUUGUAGAUUAUUUUUUUGUCAAGGAAGAUGUGUUAUUUUUCACAAAUUUCUCUGAUAUUUGUUAAUUAGGAUCAAUUAUCAACCAAGAUAUCUGAAGGAGUUGUUUCCCUUCGAAAAAAUAGUCUACUUCCGAUUUUUAUGGCACCACGCGUUGACAAAUUUGCGAUCAACAAACACGUGAGAAAUGAACUUCGGGAGUGCUGCCUGGGAUGAAACCAACGCCUCUGAAUGUUUGAAUACAGCGCUGUUUGGAUCUGUGCCUGGGAAGAAGACUUCUGUGAAGAAAUUAAACAAAAAGGGGGGUGAUUUGGAGAAAGAAACCAAACAAUCUAAAGAAUUUUUGAAGAAGUUAAAAUUUUCUGAAAAGAAGAAAAAUGUAAAGAUUGUGAGUUUUGAUGUUAGCGAUGACAGUGAUGGUGACUAUGAUGAUAUCAGCAAACGAUCAAAGAAAACCAUCAAAGAACGCCAGAGAAAAAAGGUAAAGAAAGAAGAGGAAAAACAGAAAAAUAAAAUAAAAAAAAAGCAACAACUCGAUUCUGAUGAAGAAUUGUAUGCUGAAAUUGAUGAAGAAACUCCACAAAUCUACACCAAGAAAAAUGAAAACUUGGAAAAUAUUAAAAAGCUGCGUGACGAAAUCUCUCCAUCAUCCAUUAACAAACAGAAAAAUCAAAAGAAAACAAAAAAUGAAGCAAAAGAAACAAAAGCACAGAAAAGAAAGGCAUCCAAUGUUACCAUAGAAACAGCUGAACCCCAACAUGAUGUACCGGUAGUUGUAAAGAAAUCUAAACAAGAUGAUGCAUUCACUGUUCAAAAAUGCCAAAUAGAAAAAGAAAAAUCAGUGAAGAAAAAACGGAAGAAACCAAAGAAACCCAAAAAUAACUCUGAUAAAGAUGAUGAUAAACCACUAACAUUAACAGGCAAAAAGCAACUGAAGAAAAUAAACAAGAACAGGGAGGCUGUUGAUGAAAAGAAACCACAAACAGAGCUAAAAUUAUUGGAUAAAAAGGUGGAAGCUUCCAGUACAAAUAAAAAGAAGUUGAAGAAACAGAAAAUAAAAGAAAGUUUUGAAACUGACAAAACAUUGAAAAGUGAAAAGAAAUUGAAAGUAGAUGCAUUAGAAAAGACAAGUAUCACAGGUUUAAAAGAUGGAGUGGAAAAAGUAAAGAAGGUAACUAAACCUACAGUUGAUACAGUUGCCGUGAAUAAAGUUGGGAUAAAUUCAGCUAAAGCCAAAAAGAAGAAGCAAAAGAACAAGAAGAAAAAAACAAAUAAAUCAAAUGAAACAGAAAGCAACCAAAAUGGUUCAUUUGAUCAAAUGACUAAUGGUAAAACAGAUACCCCUAAACUUAAACCAAACUUCAACAAGGCAAAACUUGCCAGUUUAUUUUCCACUAGAAAUAAGAACUUGGUGACUGAUGUACAAAAGAAGAAAGUUAUAGAUAAAUCUCCUUUAAAUUUUACCAAUUCUCUAAAAGAGAAGAUGUCUGGGCAAUUGAAUGCAGCCAGGUUUCGUUAUCUAAAUGAACAGCUGUACACUCAAACUGGGAAAGAAGCCCUUGAUAUGUUCCAAACUGAUGUAGAAGCCUUUGAUAUUUAUCAUAAAGGAUUUCAGUCACAGGUAGCAAAAUGGCCAGUCAAUCCGUUAGAUUUAAUCAUUAAAUCUAUCAAAAAUUUACCAGAAACGAACAUUAUUGCCGAUUUCGGGUGUGGCAAUGCUACUCUGGCACAGAGUGUUCAGAAUAAAGUCCAUUCAUUUGAUCUUGCUCCUCUUAAUGAGUUUGUGACUGUUUGUGACGUUUCGAAAGUUCCUCUUUCCAAUAAAACUGUUGAUGUUGCUGUUUUCUGUUUAUCGUUAAUGGGGACGAAUUUAAAUGAUUUUGUUAUGGAAGCAAACAGAGUAUUGAAACCUGGUGGUUUGUUACAAAUUGCUGAAGUCGAGAGUCGUAUUCCCCACACAGAAACGUUUAUUAUACAGAUUGAAAGUUUUGGAUUUGAAUAUGUUAAAAAGGACACAUCUCACAAAAUGUUUCAUUUAUUUGACUUUAAGAAAGUUCGAGCUGGCACAAAAUCAGCUGUGAAGGACAUAAAGUUAGACCCCUGUCUUUACAAAAAAAGAUAGAUUGAUUAAAAGUGAGAAUAAAGAGACCAGUGUUAUAAUAUAAACAAAAUUAUUGUUUCAUUUGAUUUUAUUAAACAGGCAUUAUGCAAAAGCUAAAUAUGUCUAUUGCAGGUCUUUCUUUAGGCCUUAAAUGUUAUCUGAAUUAUUAAUUAGACAUUUAUUAAAGCAGCAUUAGGUAAGAUUUAGAUACAGAGCUGACAUUUCUCACUGUAAUAGUUAAAAAUAGAUAAUGAAACAGGAAUAUGUUGAAAAUUUCAGUCAAAGUAUGUCACCCUGAGCUAAGCUAUUGGCAAUACAAUAACACUGUAGCCUCGAUUGUCAUCGCUACCAUUGUUACAAUAAUAAACAAAGUCUUGA